AUGAUUCUCGGCUACGCCACAGCUAUGAGACCUCACGGCUUUUCCGGAACUCUAGUGGACUUCACGGAUCCAAAGGUACAAGGUCAUCUAGAUGCUUUAGUUCGGAUGGCCCAGUCCUGCGUGAUCAAAGUCAGAGCCUCGCCCAAGGACGUGAGAGCCUAUUUCACUAACUCACCCCCGAUUACAAGGUCUGGACAAUGUUUUGCAGCCUGUAUGUUGGAACAGAGUGACGUCAUCAAUCAUGGAAAGGUGAAUCGUGAACUAUUAAUCCACCUUGCCAGUCUGGUCAACGGCAAGAACUCUCGCGUGGUUCGGAAACUCCACAGCAUUUCCAGAUUAUGCCUGGACAGCGUAGAGGGAAUGUCAGAUCGCUGUCAACUGGCUUCAACAUACAACGACUGCCUUAACGAGAACAUGAUUGAGUUUGCCUUCCCGCUCGAUCUGGCUGAGGAGGCUGUCAGAAAGAUGCCAUUCCACCUUAUACAGCCUAAGUGA